AUGGUUGAUGUUUGCAAUGAAUUAUUGAGAAUUAGAUGGAAAUAUUGGGAUGAUUUAGUUGUUUUCCAACAACUUGAAAUAAGUGAGAGUGUUAAUUCAUAUAAUAAAGCUCCUUUUAUUCGUAUGUUUGGGGUUACUGAGAAUGGUAAUAGUAUUCUCUGCAAUGUAAAUGGAUUUCAACAUUAUUUUUAUAUGCCAGCACCAAAUGGAUUCAAAAACGACGAAGUUGAUAAUUUUUUAAAUACAUUAGAGGCAGCUGUAAGAAAUGAUUGUUUUUUGUCAAGAAAAUCAAUUAUUAAAAUUGAAAUACAAAAUAAAGAAAGCUUAUGGGGCUUUCAUGGAAACAAAAGGAGCCCUUAUCUUAAAAUUACAUGCUUUGAUUAUAAAUCAUUAUCGUCAGCUAAACAUAUCCUUUUUCCACUUUCGAAGUAG